AGGCCGGCAAAGACGCCGCACCCGCACGCGACGCCCCUUGGCGCGAUCGACGACCACUUUCAUCGGGCCCGUCACGACGCCCUCGCGUGUAGGUAAGCGUGACCCCUGCCGGCAUUGCUUCGCGCAAUCACUGGCUGGGUGUUGAUUUGCGAGCGAGUCCCCACGCUGUUACCCAGUAGACAUCACCUCGAGGUCCUGUGCGGCUUUUAAGUCGGCUCCAUCCCCUUGUCUCCUGCCCCUGGACCUCAAGGGUCGCCGUCGAUCCCGCUGCCAAUGCCACUCAGAGAUCGUGGUUUAGAGGUUGCUGCAGCAGUGGGCGAAAUCUUCCGCGUGGCUUCCUCUUCUUGGCCGGAUAUCCUGCCACCCUGUCCAAGGCACCUGCCCCCUUUGAUGCUUUUAGUGGUACGAACCCCUUCUCCGUCCCUCCUUCCUUCCUUCCCCGGAAUCCCAGCCGACAAGCUCGUCGAAGCGCAUACCCCGAGUCCGUCGUGCCGUCCGUUUUCGACUUGCCGGGAUCUGGCGUUAGCGCGCGCGCGCAAAAAAAAACACGCAAUCGCAGACACUCAACGUGGGGGACUUCUGAGAGCAAUCUCACGACAAGCUCAGAACGAACCUGACAGCAGCGACACACCUUCAUCCUUUCCCUCCUAACAUUGCGCCGACAGCCCCCCGUCGUUCCUCCUACUCCGGCGAACCCAGAGCCCCCCUCGGUGCCCGGACCAGCCGGAGCCACCCCGUUGGGCAGGCAAGAUGAACAACUUCGUGAUCGAGAACUGGACCCUGCUGGGCAUCGGCUUGUCCGUCAUUGCGCUACGCCUCUAUGCGCGAAUCUCGGCCGUUGGCAUCACCAAGCUGCAAGCCGAUGAUUACCUCAUGGUGGCCGCUGCGGUGGUGUACUCUGGCGAAUCGUAUCUGGCAUAUUCUGUUGGCGCCUUUUGGCGCGGCCUGGCCAACAAUGGCAUGACCGACGAGCAAAGGGCUGCGCUGGUGCCCGAGAGUGAAGAGUGGUGGCUCAGGAUCAACGGCUCCAAGACGCAAAUCGCCGGAUGGUCGACCUACACGCUACUGCUAUGGCUCCUCAAGGCCUCCAUGUGCGCAUUCUACCUGCGUCUUACUGCAGGCCUUGCCCACUUCAAGAUCCGUGUCCAGGUUGGCUUUGGCUUGAUUUUGGCAACCUGGCUUGUCGUCUUCCUCUCCAUCAUGCUCGGCUGCAUGCCUUUCGAAAAGAACUGGCAGAUAUUUCCAGAUCCUGGGAACCUUUGCCAGCCCGCCAUUUCCAACAUCAACGUCCUUGUAACCGUCGUGCUCAACGUCCUGACGGACAUGUACCUUCUCAGUAUACCCCUGCCGAUGCUUUGGCAGGCCUCACUCAAGCCAGCGAAAAAGGCCGGCCUCAUGGUGCUAUUUGGCCUAGGAUUGUUUGUCACAUUCGCUGGCAUCCUCAGAUGCGUCCUGAUCAUCACAGACCCCAUCAAUGGUGCCCAGCAAGCUGGUUCCUGGGCCGUGCGCGAAACCUUCGUAGCAGUUGUCACGUCGAAUAUCCCCAUGAUCUUUUCCGUCGUCCGACGAUUCACAGGGCCCAUAUUUAGUACUAUCCGGUCAAUUACGGGUUCCGGUGCAUCACGGGGGCCUAAGGGGGGCUCCCACGGCAUGCUCCCCGGGAGCAACUCGAACGACGUCCAACUCAACAACCGGGCGCCGCUCCCGGAGCGACGUGGCCCGCGCUCUGUGAACCCACUCCCUACGGCCAAUGAGAGCGAGGAAUCUAUUUACAACCGCGCUCGCCGGGAGGCCGAAGCUGCUGCUGAGCUACCGUUGCCGCGCCAGUCAACCCCAGAAGAUAUGCAAUACGACCAGCCGAGCCGCGGGUCGACGAGCGCGAAUAGCAGCAUAGCGUGCGGAGUGCUGCCGGCAGGCCGGAUCAGGAAAGACACCGAAGUGACGGUGCACAUCAGUGAGGAUGACAGGGCGAACACACGAGGUGGUGGGCGUGGGGAUAGGGGCAGUUUUGGGAGUCUGCGCAGCGACUUUGAUCAAUUCGACAGUCGAGUGGAUGGUCCGGGUGUUGUCAGGAGCAAAUCCGGGCUGGGUGGAGGACGCGGGCUAAAUUCGCCUGUUGGCCGUGGCUAGUAGCCAUGGGCAUGGGGUUAUGCGUUUACGAAUGUGUUAUGUUGGGCCGUUUAUCACUUAUUAUAAUCGCAAAUCCGUAGUGACGGGCUUCAAGGACAGCCGAGACAGCGCCAGCGACUCGGGAACGGACGUAAGCCCGUGAGUCUUUUUAUUCUUAAUAGGUAAUAUCAAGUUAGAAUAGAAGCAAUGGCUACUGGCCUACUCCCUGCCGAGAA